CGUGUUUCCGCUAUUUCUCACGUAGGUUAUUAUUGCAAACUAUAUAGCUUUUUUGCUUUCAAGUCACCAGUUUGGGGCACACUGCCCGUUUCCGUUACGGCAUCCAUGUGACUGUGACCGGCAUGAUGUAGUACGCGGGGAUAAUAUUCAAGUACGGCCAUCUUGUUUGUUAUUCCGUUUCUGUGACGAUACUCCGUCAAACGUGAAGAACGUGCGCUGUCGUUAAUGACGUAAAAUUCGAACGUCUGAACAGUGAUUUUUAAAAAAAAAAACAAUUUUUGAAUGGUGUUAACACGUCGGCUUAAACACCGUUGCGCCGUUUCGUCGAUUGUGGUGUAUACAGGGCGCACGUGUCGUUCUCAUUAGACAGUCGCAGAAAAAAAAUUGGGCGUACACUGAGCAAGCCAGUCAAGUUCGUUUUGGUCGCCGGUGACGACGAGUAUUCGGAACAUAAACGUGCCCUCGGGUUCGGCAAACGGAAAAAGAACAAAACUCCUAAAUCGAUUCCUGUCCAGAAUAUUAUGAACCACAUGGUUGAACGGGACAGUCAAAAUGACGUACCGGAAGAAAUGGAUACAACCGAAGGAUUCAACAAUGAUAUAUCUCCAUUGAUGAUGGACGAUCCACAUGACGUUUCAAUUAUCAAUGAUGUAGACCCUCCAGAACCAGAGCCACCUACUAUAACAGAUGUAGAAAUGGAUGAAGAUAAUGCUCGAUCAGAAGCUACUUUUCGCUAUGUUGUUGAAAACUUUAGCAAAUCAAAAGAACAAAGACUUUCUGCACCUUGUUAUGUUCGUGAUCUUCCUUGGAAAAUUAUGAUAAUGCAUAGAUUGGGCCAAGAUAACCGUUCAGCCAAACCUAAUCAACCGUCUGUUGGUUUCUUUCUUCAGUGUAAUGGUGAUUCUGAUAAUAACUCUUGGAGUGUAAAUGCAACUGCUGAACUUCGAGUGAUAUCCCAAAAAGAAGGUACUACAAACAUAGAAAGGAAAAUUCAACAUUUAUUUUAUCCAAAAGAAAAUGAUUGGGGAUUUAGUUUCUUCAUGUCGUGGGAAGAUAUUACUGAUGAAUCCAAAGGAUUUAUUAAAAAUGAUACAGUUAUAUUUGAGGUUUUUGUAUCCGCUGAUGCACCACACGGUGUUAGUUGGGAUUCCAAAAAACAUACUGGUUAUGUAGGGCUUAAGAAUCAAGGUGCUACGUGUUACAUGAAUUCUUUGUUACAAGCAUUAUAUUUUACAAAUCAACUUCGCAAAGCUGUUUAUAAAAUGCCUACUGAAAGUGAUGAUAGCAAUAAAAGUGUUGCACUUGCUUUACAACGAGUGUUUUAUGAACUCCAAUUUUUAGACAAGCCUGUUGGAACAAAAAAAUUAACCAAAAGUUUUGGAUGGGAGACACUUGAUUCCUUUAUGCAACAUGAUGUUCAAGAAUUUUUGAGAGUUUUGUUAGACAAAUUGGAAAAUAAAAUGAAAGGUACGUGUGUUGAAGGAACUAUUCCAAAACUAUUCGAGGGUAAAAUGAUAUCUUAUAUAAAUUGCAAAAAUGUGGAUUACACUUCAAAAAGAACUGAAACCUUUUAUGACAUCCAGCUAAAUAUUAAAGGAAAGAAAAACAUUUAUGAAUCUUUUCAAGAUUAUAUCCAAGUUGAAAUAUUAGAUGGUGAUAAUAGAUAUGAUGCUGGAGAAUAUGGUUUACAAGAUGCUGAGAAAGGUGUUAUAUUUGCGUCUUUUCCUCCAGUAUUUUAUUUGCAUUUGAUGCGAUUUCAAUAUGAUCCGGUUACUGAUAGUUCUGUAAAAUUCAAUGAUCGAUUUGAGUUUUAUGAUAAAAUUAAUUUGGAUGAAUAUUUGAAAACUAAAGAGGAUACACCAGCUGAUUAUAUACUACACGCUGUUCUAGUUCAUAGUGGGGACAACCAUGGUGGACAUUAUGUUGUUUUCAUAAAUCCUAAAGGAGAUGGCAAAUGGUGUAAAUUUGAUGAUGAUGUAGUAUCACGCUGUCCCAAAGAAGAAGCUAUUGAACAUAAUUUUGGUGGGCACGAUGGUGAUGAAAAUAUUAUGCCUAUUAAACAAUGUACGAAUGCUUAUAUGUUGGUGUAUAUACGAGAUUCUGAAUUAAAAAAUGUCUUGCAAGAAGUGACAAUCAGUGAUAUACCAAAAGAGUUGGUAGAACGAUUGCAAGAUGAAAAACGAAUUGAAUCAAUACGGCGAAAAGAGCGUAACGAUUUGCACAUAUACACUAAUAUUCAAGUAUUCUUGGAGGAGUGUUUCGAUAGUUACUUGGGAGUAGAUUUAUUUGAUUUAGAACAACCCACUUUCAGAACGGUUAAAGUGAAGAAAUCUAGUACUUUAGAUGAAAUUCAAACACUCAUGGCAGAAACAUUUAAAUAUCAAACAAACCAAAUUAGAAUUUGGCCACUAACUACUAGUAAAUUUGACUCUCUACGACCAAUGUACCUUGAUCCUGAAGAGAACGGCACUAAAACAAUUCAAGAUAUACAGGAAGGUACAGGAUCUACGUGGAAUAUAUGGCUAGAACUAGUUGAACCUAGUGUCAAUUCAUUAGCGCCUUACGAUAAAAAUAGCCAGCUUCUUGUUUUCUUGAAGCUAUUUAUACCCGAAGAACGACUUUUGGUGUAUUGCGGAUAUUACUUUAUCAGUUAUGAAUCACCAUUAGACUCACUUAUUAAUAUCAUGAACAAGCGAGCUGGGUUUGAAGAAGAAACAAAGCUUGCACUUUAUAAGGAAGUCAAUAAAGGAGAAGUAGAAAGAAUAGCUAGGCUAGAAGAUUCAAUUAGUGAUUUCAUGCCUAAUUUAUAUGGUGAAAUAUUAAUAUAUCAAAAAGAAGAAUGUUUAAGAAAUUAUCCCUCUGUAAUCGACCAUUUUAAGAAUGUUAGCGCCCAAGUUUAUAUAACAUUUUGUGAUAAAUUAAUUCCUGGGGAUCCAGGUUUUACAAUUGGGAUGUCAAUGUAUAUGAAUUAUCAUGAUAUGCUACAAGAAGUUGCUGAAAGGGUAUCAGUUGAUCAACGAAAACUACAACUUUAUUUCAGUAUUAGUGGUCAAAAAGAAUGUCCUGGUGAACCAAUUAAAAAUUCAUAUCAAGGACCUAUUAGAGAGCUCAUAUCGAAUAACAGUGGGAAACGGUAUCCUAAAAAGUUCUUCUAUCAAGAAAUGCACAUGCCAGUUGAUGAACUAGAAAGCAAAAGACCUGUUAAAAUCAUAUGGUGUGGCCCAAAGUUGAAAGAUGAAAGGGAAAUCAUUUUGUAUUUAAAUAAAAAUGAUAAUUCGUGUGCACAUUUUUAUGAAGUUUUACAUGGCAGUGUCGAGUUGUCGCCUGAUGGCUCCGGACAGUUUAGAACAUUAGAGAUUAUGUCUGCUAAAAUUAGUAAGUGGUUUAAUCCUGGAGUACGUAUGCCAGAUAUAAGUACUGUUUUCCCAGCAAAAUAUUACAGGGUAGAAGAAAUACCUAAAGAUGAAUUGGAGAUAAAUGAAAAUGAAUUAUUAGUUCCUGUUAAUCAUUUUGCAAAAGAAGUAUAUUCUACUUUUGGUACACCUUUUCUAAUAAAAAUUGUACACGAAGAAACAUUAGCUAGUGUAAAAGAACGAAUUGCUAUCAAGACUGGUAUUCCAGAUAAAGAAUUGGAAAAAUACAAAUUUGCAAUUUGUCAAGGAGUAAGAGCAAAUUUUAUAAGUGAUACUCAUAUAAUGAACCUACAAGAUUUCAAAGUUUCUCCAGCAUCCCAAGGACAAGGCCAACGACCAUGGUUAGGAAUGGAACACCCAAAUAAGACUAAACGCACACGUUUAAAUUAUUUAGAAAAAGCUAUCAAAAUCUACAACUGAAUCUUUGCGUACAUAUUAUUAAAAAAAUAUAUAUAUAUUUCGUGUGAUAGUUUAAAGGUUUGAUGGUGAUAAACUUUUGUCCUAUGUGUGAAAUUGUUUGUGUUUGAUUAAAACCGCUGUUCUAAUUAUUUACAAUUAUGCUUGAUUUUAAAACAAUUUUAUAUGUUUUAAAUGGUACUUACCGUAUUUUUUAUUUUUAUUUUAUGGAUCAUAGUACUUUAUAUACAUAUAUAUUUUAUAUACAAUUUACAAACGCCGUUUAGCUGUAAAUUUAUAAUUUAAUUUUGGACUUAAACUUUCAAAAUUUUAUAGAAUGUUGCUAAUUUGAUUAACUUCUUAUGUUAAUGUGUUAGUUGGAUAUAAUAAUCAUGCAUUAAUUGUGGCAUAGUAGCGGAUUUACAAGAGUGCUAUAUAAUUGUUCUGUUUAAAUUGGGUUAGUUAAUCUUGAAUGGUCAAUAUUUUUGUAUACCAUUUAAAAAGGUUGCUGCCAUACCUAAUUCAUUUAUUCAAGUGUUAUUUUAGUCUGAAAAAUGUUUGGAUUAACUUAACUAACUCAGUUAAACGUUUGGAGUGCUAUACUAAAGUUUAUUAAUUAAUAAUAAACGUACCUGUGCAUUUCAUUUGCAAGGCUAUAUUCAGAACCUAUUUAUGUGUAAACUGUAAAUCCGUUACUGCUAAUAAUAACAGAUUUUCGUUAACCUCAAUUUCGACGUACUCAUUUCAAUAAAUAAAAACUAAUUGAAAUGUUAAUUUAUUUUUGAAAGCAAUGUAAUUGUGUAAAUAAAUUCAAUCAUUUGUUUUUAUA